GCUGAUCAUGCUGGCGAGUCUGCUGAUAGUCAUCGUCGCGACCAGAACCCGCUCACUCCCUCUCCGCUUCGUCUCAUGCGGGACAUGACAAGAUCGGAUGCAGAGAUCGAUGCCCUCAUCUCUAGGGUAGAGUCCAUCGUCUCCGCAGAUGGCUUGACUUGGGUCGACUCGACUGAAAUACCGCCUGCAGCAACUCCACAGUCUCCGCACUCUCCGGCAGCGACUCUGCUUUCCAAGCCUGCAAGCUCCGGCUCGGAUCUGGUCGCUGCCGCCCUCGCCGCAGCUGCAGCAGAGGAUGGCGACUCAUCGUCGGGCUCGGACUUGCUUAUGCUAGUCUCUGACGACGACGAAGUCGAGCCUGUGCCGCGGCUACCGCCUGCGGCUGCAGGUACACCUGAUGAUGACGACACCAAGUCUGAGGGCGAGGUUGUGCUCGACGAGCCUGUCUUCCUCUCCGAGGCGCAGCUGCUCGACGACGUGGCGCCGUUUCUCGAUUCGCUCAACGCGGCGCUUCCCAGCCCGCUCACCGCCGAAGAGCUUUCUGCUGUUGUCGAUGCCAUGGCCGAGACCGGUAUGACCCAAAUUGUCCACAUGCACAGCCUGACUUGGCCGGACGCGCUCGAGCUCGGCAUGUCCAAGGCGCUCUUUGCAGCCGCCUUUACCGCUCUCUACCCGACCAAGACACCAUCGUUUGCGCUGGUCACGCCGCCAGAGCCAGCACCUCGCCCCACGGCGACACUGCCGUCGCCGCGCGAUCCAGCAUGGAAGAUCGAACUCUCGCAGGCCAAGAUUGAGGCCUUUCGCCCGGUCGACCAGUUCUACGUCUCGUUCUUUGCCCGCUGGUUUGUCCUCUACUACAACAUCUACCCGCACGCCACCAAGCGCGAGUUUGCGCUUGCCCAGCGCGAGCUGGUCGCGCCCUGGAAAGUCGCCUUUGAUCCGCUCGGCCUCGGCGAGCACGCGCUCUCGCCGUUUUCUGUCGAGCCGAGUGCGCGCGCCGCGCCCGGGUCCGGUACCCCAGCGGUGCCUGGCGGCUCAACUCCGCCGGUCGGCCCCGGCCGCACUGCCGAUGUGGCCGCGCUUGGCGCCGAGCUGCGGUCACUCCAUCGCUCGGUUGUGGCUGCCCUCUCCACAGCAUCCGGCACCGCACUCGAUGACGCCCUCUACUUGCUACAGCUCCUCAACGCGCUGCCGGCCAUGGCGGCGCUCUUCGCCGAUCCGGCGCUCGCCACCAGCGAGGCGCUGCUGGCAAGGGUCUACGCCCCUGUCAUCGACGGCUUCUUUGGCCCCCGCCAUAACUUUACCGUCCGCCGCUCCGCCCCGGUUCCUUGGAUGUCUGGUGAGCUUGUGCCCUCGCUUGUUAUUGAGCUCGCGUCGACUCGGCUUCCGCUGCUGGUGGCCGAGACCGCGACACCGCCGCCGGCAUCGGAACCGAGCGUCGACGACAGCAGUCUGUCGGAGGCUGUCGCCAAGCUCGGCGCCGAAAUGACGAUGGCGCUCACCUUUUUGCGCCGGACAGUGCCUGCGAGCGUCCUCGUCGACCUCUCGACCCGCUUUACCCUCUUUGGCCUCGUCAUCGCAGGCCGCCGGGUUUACGUCUACUUUCUCGGCUACGACACGGCAGGCAACGACUACGUCUUGCAGCACUACGCGCGUGCCGGGCUCAACAUGGCGAUCCCGGCGGACGUGCUUGCCCUCGCCCGCCUCAUGCGCCGGAUCCACGACCUAGGCGUCGCUCUCGACGGCUGGAUGGUCAGCUCUCCGCCGCCACUGGCGGGGCACGCGCCCGCCGCCCUCGCCGCCCCGUCGCUCCCUGCCCCUUCGCCGCGCAAAAUGACCGGCCCGCCGCCGUCAGUCCUCGCGCCUCCUCGGUCAUACCUGCAGCCACUGGUCCCGCCGCCGCAGCCGUCGCGGGCCGACGCUUCUCCCGCUGACGCCGAGGGCACCGUCAACGACUCGUCGAGCUACUUCUCCACCACAUACUCGUCGGUCUCCGACUCAAGCUCAGGUGCGGUCAAGAGCCAGGCUGCUAAGUUUCCGCAGCCUGCCAAUCUCGCCGAGCUCCGCCGGCUCGGUUACGCCAUCACCCAGACCAUUGCCAAGCACAAGGAUACCGUGGUGUAUUUGGCGGCGGUGGAGCGAGUCCCGCGCGCCGCCGCCCAUCGCGCCACCAUCGGCGACCUAGUCGCCAUCAAGCUCGUCGAUCGCGCCGCGUCGGUGCGGACCCAGCCGCGUGAAGUUCGCAUUCUCCGCAACCUCGACGGCGCGCACCACACCCAGCAGUUUGUCGCCUGGCACGUCAUCAAGGAGACCUCGUGCUUUGCCGUCGUCACCAAGUACUACAAGCCGGUCCGCGGUGGGCCGGCCUCCAAGCACGAGAUCCGCCGCUACGUCCGCCAAGUCCUCGAAGCGCUCGCCUACUGCCACCAAAACGGCAUCAUCCACCGCGACAUCAAGCCGGCAAACGUCAUCUUUGAGGCCGAGUCACGGACCGCAGUCCUCAUCGACUUUGACUGCUCCAAGCCGUUCAACUCGGCCGCCCCGCCCACUUCAGAGGUCGGCACCCCGGGCUACAUGGCGCCCGAGAUCCUCGACAUCAAGCGCGGCAAGCGAAGCCGUGGCUACUCGUACGCCGUUGACAUCUUCUCGCUCGGCAUUGUCUUUGGAGGCCUGCUCUUCAAGGCGGAGCUCAAGCGCCGCCCGACUCGGAGCAAGCUCCUCGAGCUCAUGGCCAACUCGCGCCGCCGUUCUUCCGGCCAUCGCCUCCUCCGCAAGAUGCUCGAGGUCGACGACUCGGUCCGCAUCACCGCUCUCGACGCCCUCUCCGAGCCGUACUUUCUCAAGGCCACCUCAUGGACUCUCCCACCCAUCAAGACCUGGUCCAAAGACUACGUCGCGGCCCACGACGCCGACGCUCUCCGCGAGUUUGGCCUCCAGCCCAGGCCCCGUCGUACCUCUCGCAGCUCUCGCUCCAACCGCGUCUCCCAAGCCCCAGCAUCAACUGCCACCGAUCGCGAUCCUGAUCCUGCCAAUCCUACGGGCCUGGGCCGCGGCCGGGCCCCACUUCACCGCGGCUUCAAGCCGCCCACGGCCCGGGCUGGGGCGGCCGCGGGCAGGCCGGCCGCGACCGGCGGAAGCAAAGCCGAUGAGUCGGUGAAGAAGCGGUACUACGCCGUAGUGUGGCGCAAGUACACCAGAAAGAAGCACAAGACGUGGGAUGGCGACGGCGUGCUGGUCAUGACCGGCUCGUCGGUCACCCUCCUCAACGACGAGGGCAAGCAAAUCGCAAAGUCGCGGCUUCAGGGGCCCGGCGCGUCGAUGGCGCUGACCGAGGGCGAGGAGCUGACCUUUUCGUCCAAGGAGGUCGAGGUCAUGGGCACCAUCGCCGAAGCCGACUUUCUCUCGGGCAAGGCCUUCCUUGGCGGCGCAUCUGCCGGUCUCGCCCCGCCGCUCGCAGCCGUCCCGCGGUCCAAGGCAGGCCGAGCCCGCAAGCCUGUCACCGACGCCAACGCACCAGGCGCGCCCAGCUCGGACUUUGUGACGCCGUCAGGCUCACUUGGUGCGCGCGGACAUGCCGCUGCACGAUCGACUGCGCUCUACUCGCCAGAUACGCCCGAUGCGCUCGUGCUUCACCGCGAUCCACACGGCGGGAGCCGCGCAGGCCUCUCGGUCGUCCUCGCGCCCAAGCUCACACGCAUCCUCCGCCCGCAUCAGAAGGAGGGCGUGGCGUUCAUGUACAAGUGUGUAAUGGGCCACGGUGGCUUUGCCGGCUCGGGCUGCAUCCUCGCCGACGAGAUGGGCCUCGGGAAGACCAUCACUGCGCUCUCGCUUGUCCACACCCUCCUCAGCCAGUCGGAGGUCAAGGCUGCGCGAUCGGCGGCAGAGAAGGCCAUUGUCGUCACGCCGUCGUCGCUGGUUAAGGGCUGGGAGCUCGAGAUCCGCAAAUGGCUCGGUUUCACCCACCUCCCGCCCAUCACCAUCCACCACAUGUCGAAGAAGGAGAUCAAGGCUGCCGUCGCCGAGUUUGUGGCGGGCAAGGUCAAGAAUCUGCUCAUCAUCUCGUACGAGCAGUUUCGAGUCCACGCCAAGGCCAUUUGCAAGGCCAACGUCGGCUUGCUGGUGUGCGACGAGGGCCAUCGCCUGAAGAACGCCGAGAUCAAGACCGCCAAGGCGCUGCUCAAGCUCAACACCAAACGUCGCAUCAUCCUUACAGGCACCCCGGUCCAGAACGACCUCAAGGAGUUCUUCUCGGUCGUCGACUUUGUCAACCCGGGCAUCCUCGGCGAGUACCCCACUUUCCGCCGCAUCUUUGAAGAGCCGAUCGCCAAAGCGCAGGAGCGCAACGCGUCGCCGGCAGUCGUCGCUCUAGGCAAGGCCCGCUCCGACGAGCUCGCCCGCAUCACAUCGCAGUUUAUUCUUCGCCGGACGCAGUCCAUGAUGCGCAAGUACCUGCCACCCAAGGAGGAGCAUGUGCUGUUCAUCAAGAUGAACCCGCUGCAGGAGGCCAUCUACGAGGCCUUUGCCCGCGCAAAGCUCUCGGGCAUGGCCUCGGCCAAGGACCUCUCGUUCUCGUGGGCGCUCGCGUGCAUCACCACCCUCAAGAAGAUCUGCAACCACCCCGCGCUGGUGCUCUCGCGCUCGACCGCCGCCAUGGAGGCCGCCGCCGCUGCCGGUGAGAGCGACGACGACGACGCCGCGGAGGACCCCGACGACGGCCCACUCGUUCUCGACUCGCUUGAACUCCCGCGCGAGCUCCGCGAGGCUCUUGAGGACUACCCGUCGCUGACCUCGUCGACCGCCGCCAUCGUCCCGGAGCUCUCGUCCAAGAUGCAGGUCCUCCUCGGCCUCCUCGACCACCUCGCGGCGUCGACGACCGACAAGAUUGUCAUUGUCUCCAACUACACCCAGACCCUCACGCUCAUUGCCGACAUCCUCGAAGCCCGCGGCAUGCUCUUCCUUCGGCUUGACGGCUCGGUGCCGGCUGCCAAGCGGCCGUCGCUCGUCACUCGCUUCAACGCCGCAGGCGAUACCGAGCGCAUUUUCCUGCUCUCGGCCAAGGCCGGCGGCGUCGGCCUCAACCUCAUCGGCGCUAACAGGCUCGUCAUGCUCGACCCGGACUGGAACCCGGCAACCGAUCUCCAGGCCAUGGGCCGCGUUUGGCGCGACGGCCAGACCAAGCGGGUCAUCCUCUAUCGCUUCCUCACCACCGGCACCAUCGAGGAGAAGAUCUGGCAGCGCCAGAUCAUGAAACAGGGCCUCUCCGAUGUCAUCGUCGACGACAAUGCCGCCAAGACUGGCUCGUUCACCAACUCGGAGCUCCGCAACUUGUUCAAGUACAACGCCAACACCCUCGCUGACACCCACGACCUCAUCGGCUGCCUCUGCUCCUCGGACGGUACGCCCAUCAACGGCAUCGCCCUCACACAGGCCGCCGUCGAUGCCUCGGCCGCCGCUGUCGCCGCUGUCACUGAGGACUCGCUCCUCGACUCGGCCCUCGACGCGCUCGACGACGCCGAUCUCACCCCAGCAACGCCCGUCGCCCUCACCCCGCCCGCCGCCGACGCUGCCGCUGCCGCUGCCGCUGUCACCGCUUCCGCAGACCAAGAAUCCGAAGUCGAGGUGUGGAACCAUGUGGAGUGGCCUUCGGCCGUCGGCGAUCUCAACGUCGGCACCCUCACCUCGUCCAUCUCGCUCACCCCCAACGAGCCGUCGUCCGGUCCACGGCCGCUCGUCUCGUUUGCCUUUACCUCGCAGCUCGAGUCGCAGCGCGGCAAGAGCAACUGA